CUUUAGAGCGGAGGUAUAUUGCAGUUCCCUCAGCUGAUGUGAAGGCUGAGAGAGCGGAGCUGGUGCACUGUCUGUUACAACUACAACACUGGAACAAAUAGAUUUGUAGGUAUAUGUCUCCAUGUGAUGUGUUUUGGCUGAGGCUCAUUGAUCUUGCGUGCUGCCCUUUGAUGCCUUCAAACAAAUGGUAAUUGAAUGGUAGUGUCUAGAAAGGGUAUGUCCCUUCAGGAGAGAGGUGCCAAUGUCCAACCGGCCUAAUUCCAAUCCAGGGGGGUCACUGCGCCGUUCACAGAGGAACACUGCUGCGGCCCAGCCACAAGACCAUACAGUCGCGGGAAGGUUGCAGUCAGAGCAGGUAAAACAUAAAGCAAAUUCCCCUCCUGAAAGUAGAAGACCUAAAUCUAAGGCUUCCAAAGCCGCACCCAGCUCAGCCUCUGGCCAGUCCAGAGGGCACAGCUCAAGAAGCAGUCUGUCACUGUCUGUGGCUUCAUUUGUGCUGCAAGACGACCCAGAGGCCGCAGGGACAUCAGAGCGAGAGCCAACAGGACACCAAUCCAAGACUGAAGGCACCACCCGAGGGUUGAAGAGAAAUUCUGCACCAGACCUCAACACCUACACCCCCACCCCAGCCAAGAAGUCAAAAUCCAACCCCCCACCCAGAGACCAUACCACUGAGGCCAAGAAAGGCCCUGCCAAAUCCUCCAAGAAGAGACCCCUGGCUCCAGAGCUGCCUACAGGCUGUGGCCAGAGCAAGAAGAGCGGGGCCUCUGGGGCUUCACCGACUCUGAAACGGAAGAAGGCUGACUCCCUCCCCUGUCUGAGCAGCACUGCUGGGUCGCUCCCCAACCGUACCGACGGCAGAUCUGCAAAACCCACCAAGCUGGCGUCGAAGUCGGCCGCCUCAGCCAAAGCUGGGUGUAGCACGGUGACUGACUCCUCCUCUUCUGCCUCCACCUCUUCCUCCUCCUCCACAGGCACGAACAGUGCCACUGCCGCACAGGGCGCCAGGCUCAAGCAGGGCAAAGACCAGAACAAGGCACGUCGUUCCCGCUCCGCCUCCAGCCCCUCCCCACGCCGAAGCACCCGUGACAAGGAGCAGGCCAAAACCUCCGUCUCGUCCAAGUUUGAGUGGGCGGCCCGCUUCAGUCCCAAAGUCAACCUGCCAAAGCCCAAACUGUCCCUACCCAGCUCCUCCAAGACAGAGACCGCCUCCAAACCUGGGCCCUCAGGACUACAAGCCAAACUAGCAAGUUUGAGGAAGUCCACUAAGAAGCGCAGCGAGUCUCCUCCAGCAGAGCUCCCCAGCUUUCGGCGGAGCACACGCCAGAAGACCACGGGCUCCUGCGCCAGCACCAGUCGGCGAGGCUCAGGCCUGGGCAAGCGCGGGGCAGCCGAAGCUCGCCGACAAGAGAAGAUGGCUGACUCGGACAACAACCAGGAUGGGGCCAACUCCUCGGCCGCCCGCACUGAUGAGGCCCCGCAGGGGGCUUCGGGUACAGCUUCUAGCUCAGUGACCGGAGCUGUAGGGAUGACCACAUCCGGUGAGAGUGAGUCCGAUGACUCUGAAAUGGGCAGACUCCAAGCCCUGCUGGAGGCCAGGGGUCUUCCCCCACACCUCUUUGGGCCCCUGGGACCCCGCAUGUCCCAGCUGUUUCACAGAACUAUAGGCAGUGGAGCCAGUUCCAAGGCUCAGCAGCUGCUGCAGGGCCUGCAGGCCACCGGUGACGAGUCCCAGCAGCUCCAGGCCGCUAUCGAGAUGUGCCAGCUGCUAGUGAUGGGCAACGAGGAGACGCUCGGAGGCUUCCCCGUGAAGAGCGUGGUGCCCGCUCUGAUCACAUUGUUACAGAUGGAGCAUAACUUUGACAUUAUGAACCACGCCUCCCGUGCUCUCACUUACAUGAUGGAGGCGCUGCCUCGGUCCUCUGCUGUGGUCGUGGAUGCCAUCCCCGUCUUCCUGGAAAAGCUUCAGGUGAUUCAGUUCAUUGACGUGGCGGAGCAGGCCCUGACUGCCUUGGAGAUGUUGUCAAGGCGACACAGCAAAGCCAUCCUGCAGGCUGGUGGCUUGGCUGACUGUCUGCUGUACCUGGAGUUCUUCAGCAUCAACGCCCAGAGGAAUGCCCUGGCCAUUGCCGCCAACUGCUGCCAGAGCAUCACCCCUGACGAAUUCCACUUUGUCUCUGACUCUCUGCCACUGCUGACCCAGAGACUCACACACCAGGAUAAGAAAUCCGUUGAAAGCACUUGUCUCUGUUUUGCCAGGCUGGUGGACAACUUUCAACACGAGGAGAACCUGCUGCAGCAGGUGGCCUCGCGGGACCUGCUGACCAACAUCCAGCAGCUGCUGGUGGUCACACCGCCUGUGCUCAGCUCGGGCAUGUUCAUCAUGGUGGUGCGUAUGUUCUCCCUCAUGUGCUCCAACUGCCCCUGUCUGGCCGUGCAGCUCAUGAAGCAGAAUAUUGCAGAGACUCUGCGCUUCCUUCUGUGCGGAGCAGCCAACGGUAGCUGCCAGGAGCAGAUUGACCUGGUGCCCCGGAGCCCCCAGGAGCUCUAUGAACUCACCUCACUCAUCUGCGAGCUGAUGCCCUGCCUGCCCAGAGAGGGCAUCUUUGCUGUGGACCUCAUGCUGAAGAAGGGCAGUGCCCAGGCCACAGAGGGGGCCAUUUGGCAGUGGAGGGACGACCGGGGCCUGUGGCACCCCUACAACCGCAUCGACAGCCGCAUCAUUGAGACGGCCCACCAGAACGGAGAGGACGAGAUCAGCCUGUCCACCCUGGGCCGCGUCUACACCAUCGACUUCAACUCUAUGCAGCAGAUCAACGAGGACACUGGCACAGCACGGGGUAUCCAGAGGAAACCCAACCCCUUAGCCAACCCCACUACUGGGGGUCACCAGGAGGUGAGGCGGGAGGAUGCACGGGCCCAGCUGAUGAAGGAGGACCCUGAGCUGGCCAAGUGCUUCAUCAAGACCCUGUUCGGGGUGCUGUACGAGGUGUACAGCUCGUCGGCCGGCCCAGCCGUCAGACAUAAGUGCCUCCGAGCCAUCCUCAGGAUCAUCUUCUUCGCAGAUGCUGAGCUCCUCAAGGACGUGCUGAGGAACCACGCUGUGUCCAGUCACAUUGCCUCCAUGCUGUCCAGCCAGGACCUGAAGAUUGUAGUGGGCUCUCUGCAGAUGGCUGAGAUCCUCAUGCAGAAGCUGCCUGACGUAUUCAGUGUCUUCUUCAGAAGAGAAGGUGUGAUGCACCAGGUGAAGAACCUGGCUGAGUCAGAGGCCUUCCUCACUAGUCCCCCAAAGGCGUGCACCAGCGGCACGGCUAGCCUGUGUACCAUCAGCACUGCAAACACUACGGCGGCCACCACCGCCACCCCAGACCUGGGCUCACCUAGCUUCCAGCACAGCAUGGACGACUCACUGGACCUCAGCCCACAGGGGCGGUUAAGUGAUGUGCUGAAGAGAAAACGUCUGCCUAAGAGAGGGCCCAGAAGGCCCAAGUACUCUCCUCCCAGGGACGACGACAAAGUAGACAAUCAGGCCAAGAGUCCUACCACUACUCAGUCACCCAAAUCCUCCUUCUUGGCCAGUCUGAACCCCAAGACCUGGGGCAAGCUGGGCACCCAGACCAACAGCACAAACUCUGAGCACUCUCGCACGGCCGGUGUGAGUGGCCUGGCACGCGCCCUUCCCAAGGACUCUGUCUCCAACAACAGGGACAAGAUUAAGGCUUGGAUCAAAGAGCAGGCCUGUAAAUUUGUGGCACGCUACUUCAACACUGAAAACAUUGAUGGCAGCAACCCCGCACUAAAUGUACUCCAGAGACUCUGCACCGCCACGCAACAGCUCAGCCUACAGAUGGACGGUGGCGUGGAGUGCCUCGUGGAGAUCUGCAGCAUCGUGUCAGAGUCGGACGUGUCAUCGUUCGAGAUCCAGCACAGCGGCCUGGUCAAGCAGCUGCUGCUCUACCUGACCUCCAGGAGUGACCGUGACCUGGUCAGCCGUGACGUCCGCCUCAAGAGGUUCCUGCACGUCUUCUAUGGCUGCCCGAUCCCGGGGAUGGAGCCGGCAGGCCGCCUGGAGCCGUCUGAGAACGGGCCACUGCUGUCACUGGUGCGCAAGAUGAACAACUGCCUAAGCCAGAUGGAGCAGUUCCCUGUCAAGGUGCACGACUUCCCUAGUGGCAACGGCAACGGGAGCAGAGGUUCUCAGGCUCUGAAGUUCUUCAACACACACCAACUCAAGUGUCAGCUGCAGAGGCACCCGGACUGCACCAAUGUGAAGCAGUGGAAGGGGGGCCCGGUGAAAAUUGACCCCCUGGCUUUGGUACAGGCUAUUGAACGCUACCUGGUGGUCCGAGGUUACGGACGAAUAAGAGAGGAGGAUGAGGACAGCGACGAUGAUGGUUCAGACGAUGAAAUUGAUGAAUCGCUGGCGGCCCAGUUCCUGAACUCAGGCAGCGUGCGCCACCGGCUGCAGUUCUACAUCGGCGACCACCUGCUGCCCUACAACAUGACGGUUUACCAGGCGGUGCGGCAGUUCAGCCUGCAGGCAGAGGAGGAGAGGGAGUCAACAGACGACGAGGCCAACCCGCUCGGACGGGCCGGAAUCUGGACCAAAACCCACACCAUAUGGUAUAAGCCAGUGAGGGAGGAUGAGGAUGGCACUAAGGAUGUGGUGGGAGGGAAGAGGGGCCGGGCACAGACUGCCCCCACCAAGACCUCGCCCCGCAAUGCCAAGAAACAGGACGAGCUGUGGCACGACGGCGUGUGUCCCAGCGUGGCCAGCCCAUUGGAGAUGUACCUCAUGUCAGAACCCCCAGAGAGCAUCACCUUCGACGACCCCUCUCUGGAUGUCAACCUGCUGCUGAGGGUGCUGCACUCCAUUAGUAGUUACUGGUUCUACCUGUACGACAAUGCUGUGUCUAAGGAGAUCAUCCCCACCAGUGAGUUCAUCAACAGUAAGCUGACAGCCAAGGCCAACCGACAGCUGCAGGACCCUCUGGUCAUCAUGACCGGCAACAUCCCCACCUGGCUCACAGAGCUCGGCAAGACCUGUCCCUUCUUCUUCCCAUUCGACACACGGCAGAUGCUCUUCUAUGUGACUGCUUUUGACCGCGACCGGGCCAUGCAGCGCCUCCUCGACACCAACCCCGAGAUCAACCAGUCAGAUUCCCAGGACAGCCGCGUGGCGCCCCGCCUCGACAGAAAAAAGCGAACGAUAAACCGCGAGGAGCUGCUGAAGCAGGCGGAGUCCGUGAUGCAGGACCUCGGCAGCUCCAGAGCCAUGCUGGAGAUCCAGUAUGAGAAUGAGGUGGGCACAGGGCUGGGUCCCACCCUGGAGUUCUACGCCCUGGUCUCCCAGGAGCUGCAGAGGGCCGACCUCGGGCUGUGGAGGGGUGAGGAGGUCGCCCUGUCCAACCCAAAAGGAAGCCAAGAAGGGACCAAGUACAUGUUCAGCUCCCGAGGGCUGUUUGCCGUUCCCUUUGGCAGGACAACCAAACCGGCGCACAUCGCCAAAAUCAAGAUGAAGUUCCGCUUCCUGGGCAAGCUGAUGGCCAAGGCCAUAAUGGACUUCAGACUGCUGGACCUGCCCCUGGGGCUGCCCUUCUACAAGUGGAUGCUGCGGCACGAGACGUCAAUCAGCUCCCACGACCUGGUCAACAUCGACCCGGGCGUGGCCAAAUCCAUCCAGCACCUGGAAGACAUCAUCCGCCAGAAGAAGAGGCUGGAGCAGGACCGCUCCCAAGUCAGUCCCCGAUACACAACCUCCCCAGAUGCAGCUAACCUCAGUCAUUACAAUUUGUCUUUGACGAGGGAGACCCUGCAGCAGGCUUUGGAGAGUCUCAACAUGAACGGCUGCUCUGUGGAGGACCUGGGCCUGGACUUCACCCUGCCUGGUUUCCCCAACAUCGAGCUGAAGAAGGGAGGCAAGGACAUCCCUGUCACCAUCUACAACCUGGAGGAGUACCUCAGGCUGGUGGUCUACUGGACAAUGAACGAAGGCGUGUCCCGGCAGUUUGAAUCUUUCAGGGAAGGGUUUGAGUCAGUCUUCCCCCUGCAUCACUUGCAGUAUUUCUACCCUGAAGAGUUGGAUCAGCUGCUUUGUGGCAGCAAGUCCGAGACCUGGGACGUCAAGACCCUGAUGGAGUGCUGUCGGCCCGACCACGGCUACACGCAUGACAGUCGUGCUGUGAGGUUCCUGUUUGACGUGCUCAGCAGUUUCGAUGCAGAGCAGCAGAGACUUUUCCUGCAAUUUGUUACAGGAAGCCCCAGGCUGCCUGUUGGAGGUUUCCGUAGUCUGAACCCGCCGCUGACCAUCGUGCGGAAGACAUUUGAAUCGACGGAGAACCCGGACGACUUCCUGCCGUCCGUUAUGACCUGCGUCAACUACCUGAAGCUGCCUGACUACUCCAGCAUCGAGAUCAUGCGCAAGAAACUGUUGAUUGCGGCCCGUGAGGGCCAGCAGUCCUUCCACCUGUCCUGAUCUCGCAGUCUCUCUCCCGUUUGAAAAUGCCUUCUACAGCAAACUGACGAAAUCAUGACUUCCUUUUUAGUUUUUCUUUUUGUAAUCACCUACAUCAAGGCCAAGUGUGUACAGCCUUCUUGUUAGAGAACACAGCUUGCAGAAAUUAAAGAAGGACUUGAGUUAUAUAUUUGCUGCCCCUGUCUCCUACAAAAAAGGCGUUAAAUGACUCGCAGAACAAAAAAAUUAUCAGUUGAGUAAUGUUAAAAAAAACAAGAAGGGGAAAAAACCUGAGUUACAUUUUAAAAUGUGUUGCUGUGUGAUAUUUAAAGGGAUGUUUCCUCAGUGGUGAAUGUCACUGUGGUGGGGAGGUCCAUUGAGCAAGCUAGGUUCACUUUAGCUCCAAAGAUAAUUUGUACAGAAAAAAAUUCCAGACUGCUCAUUCUACACAUUUGAUAGAAUAGCUCUUUGUUCUCAUGUCUCCUUUCCCCUUCAGUUUGUCUGUUUUCCAUUCUGUUCUCCUGUAUUAUAUGGCCUGGCCCCAGUUUGUGUGUUGCAUUUAGGUUCUGCUUCCCCUCCUUUUGUGUGUGUUUGCGUAUACAUUUUUUGGAAACGAGAGUUGCAGUUGGUUGACUGCGGGUAGUGAUGAGAGCUUUUUUUUUAUAUAUUUUUCCCAAGUUGAAAUUGUGUUCUGGUCUACAAUUACAGAGCUUCAGCUCAAACAUAAGAGUUAUCCAGUGUGUUGGAUAAGUUAACUUUACUUUUUGCUCUCGCUUUGAUAGAGUAGUAGUGUGUCUCAGAUGGACGCUGAGGGAGUGCGCUCUGACAGACUCACUGGCUUAGGCCAAGCUCUGAGCCCCCCCCCCAAUCCCUAUUGUAGCUGAGCGCACCCAUUUGGCUGGACUCAUUUUAUCGUUUCACGGCGAGAUAGCAUUUCAAGUUCAUUUAUGGAAUAAGAGUUUAUAUGCAGUUUCAUGCCCGGUUUGAGGUGGGGAUGUCUGCUUCACCUUUUUUUUCCUUUUUUCUUCUUGCUGUUGUUUAUUUUUUUGGCUGCUGGCUUGGAACAAACCAUGGUGUGCACCUGCAGUCUGUGGCCAGGGGAGGGCCCCACUCAAUGCUCUCCUGGCCCAAUCGUUCAUGUGCUGGUUUCUAAGAUCUGCAAUAAUUUACUGCAUCAGGUUAAUGUUUUUACCUGAACAUAAAAUAAAGUAACUGUUUGACUCA